GAGUGUGAGCUAGUCAGUCCGUAGAAACUAAAUCCGAAAUCAGUUUCCAUUCAAUCGCGACACUGAGAGCAACAUGCAGUCGUUGCCUUCCUGGGUCCAACUGCUGGCGUUGGCACUCUGCGUAUGCCAGAUGUGCGCCCUCCAACCCAGGCCUAGGUCUGAUGACGACGACUAUGACUUUAGUGCGGAGAACGAGGAUUCGUUCACGCCGCAGCCCCUAAGGCCGCCUCCAUGGCAAGAGGCUCCCCAGCCACAGGAGGCUCGUGUGCAAGUUCCCGGCGUGGGCGACAUUGUCGGUGUACGCGGCUAUAAGGCGAUCUCGGGACGGCCAAUCAAUGCAUUCCUCGGUGUGCGCUAUGCCCAAGUGGGUGCCGGUCUGGGACGUUUCCAGCAGGCCAGGGCCACGAGUUUCCAGGGCAGAGUGGAUGCCACCACAGCCAGUCCGAAUUGCGCCCAAUUUCCGGAGCUGCAGCGACUGCAGGCGGCCGAGGCACGCGGGGAGAACGUUGACGACUGUCUGACCCUCAACAUCUAUGCGCCCGAAGGAGCACGCGAUCUGCCCGUCCUGGUCUUUGUCCACGGUGAGAUGCUAUUCGAUGGCGGUGCCGAGGAGGCCCAGCCGGACUACGUGCUGGAGAACGACAUUGUCCUGGUGUCGAUCAACUAUCGUCUGGCUCCGUUCGGAUUCCUCAGCGCCCUCAGCGAUCAGCUGCCUGGCAAUGUGGCACUCUCGGACAUCCACCUGGCCUUGGAGUGGCUGCAGCGCAACCUUCCCCACUUUGGCGGCAACUCUGGAAAGGUGACUCUAGUGGGUCAGGCAGGCGGAGCCACGCUGGUUCAUGCCCUCAGCCUGAGUGGUCGUGCAACGAACCUCUUCCAGCAGCUCAUCCUGCAGUCUGGCACGGCCCUCAAUCCGUACCUCAUCGACGAACGCCCCCUGGAAACUCUGGCCACAUUCGCGCGCCUCGCCCGCUGUCAGUAUGCCGGUCGCAGCCUGGCACCGCUCUACGACUGCCUCAGCCGUCUGCCCACCUCCCAGGUGGUCAGUGCCUUCGAGCAACUGCUGCAGCAGAACGAGGCACGCGGGCUCAGCUUCCUGGGCGGCUUCAAGCUCGUGGUGGGCGAUCCCCUGGGCUACCUGCCCGAGCACCCUGCCGCACUGGCUGCCAAAGCGGCCAACAGCAGUGUGCCCAUGAUCGUGGGUGCCGCCAAAGAUGCCAGCGCCUUUAUUCUAUCACGCUUCUACGACCAGAUCCAGCGCGUACAAUCGCAGAAUGUGAGCGACUUCAUCAACGUGGUGCUGCGCCACACGGCGCCUCCUAGUCAACACAAGGCAUGGCUGGACUGGGCCCGCAGGGAGAUCUUUUCGCAGGAGCACGAUCGCACGGCCAGUGCCCACAGUGUGUCCCAGGGCCUGUUGGAGUUGAGUAACAUGAUCCUGUAUCGGGCGCCUGUCAUCUACUCGAUCCGCCUCUCGCACAAGAAGAGCCCCGUCUAUUUGUACACCUUUGACUAUCGCGGCGAGCAUCACCGGUUCGGCCAUCUGGACAAUCCCCUGCCCUUUGGUGUGGAUGCCUCUCUGAGCGAUGACAGCGUGUAUCUGUUUCCGUAUCCGCCGGAGGCUAGCCGCCUUAAUCCCGUGGACAAGUCGUUGUCUCGUGCGCUGGUCACCAUGUGGGUGAACUUUGCCGUUACUGGCAUACCCAAUCAAAAUUCUGGCGUCUGGCCUAAGGCCACUUCCGAGUACGGUCCCUUCCUGCGCUUCACCAACUCCAGGCAGAGCAUGCUCGAGCUGGACCCACAUUUCGGUGACGGACUCUACGCUCCCAAUCUCUAUGGACAGUACUUCAAUGCAACCAACAGCACCACCACAGCAACAGCAGCUACAACGACAACGACAACAACGACGACGACGACCAGACGGCCGUAUGUCUACAAUCCUUAUGUUAACCGACAGCCAAACCCCUAUCCCUAUAACUAUAACGCAACGACCACAACUUCCACGACAACGACGACCACGAGGCGGCCAAUGUAUGCGUACAAUCCGUAUGCCAACUGGCAGCCAAACAGACAGCCUGGACAGGCUCAGCCGUUCCCAAGGAGGCCGACGGAUCCUGCGUACGAAAGGGCUCAGGAAAUCAGGCGGCAGCAGGUGAUACGGGAGCAGCAGGAGCGAGAGCAGCGGAUACGUGAACAGCGCGAAAGGGAGCAGCAGCAGCAAGAGGAGCAGCAACGCCGCGAGGAGGAGGAACGAGAGCAGCGGCGUGUGCAAGAGCAGCGAGAGCAGGAAGCACAGCGAGAGCUGGAACAGCGCUACCAGAUGCAGAGGGAGAAGCAGCAGCGAGAGCAGCAGCAGCGAGAGCAGCUGGCAAGGGAACAGCAGGAGGUCCUGGAGCAACAGCAGCGAGAACAAGAGGCGAGGGAGCAAUGGGAGCGAAACAGAGAGCGAACGGAAGUGCAUCGUAGUCCGCAGGAGGAGUUGGAGCAGCGGCAGCGGGAGUGGGAGCGGCAACAGCGUGAGCGUGAGCGGGAGCAAACAAUCAAUCCAGAUGAACCAGACGAUCGGGAGCUGGAAGAGAGGGAGCAACAGGAGAGAGAAGAACAGCAGCGACUGCAAAUACUACAUGAACAACGCCUUCAGUACGAGCAGCGGCAGCGAGAGCAGCAGCAGCGCGAGCAGGAGCAGCGAGAGCAACUGGCCAGAGAGCAGCAGGAGCAACAAGAGCAGCAGCAGCGCGAACAAGAGCAACGGGAGCAGGAGGAAAGAGAGCAACAGGAGCGCGAGGAGCAGCAGCGAGAGGAAAUGGCGCGUGGUUAUCAGCCGUACGAGCCUGAACAACAGGAGAGCUCUCGCAGGCCCUAUCCCAGCUACGAGGACUACGUGCGCAGAGACGAGGAAGAGGAACCACUCGACUUUGAACCCGAAAUCGAUGAAAGCUCCAACCGAAACUAUUCCGAGGAGCAGGAACGAGAGCAACAACAGCGCGAGCAACUGUAUCGCGAGCAGCAGGAGCGAGAACGCGAGCAGCAGGAGCAGGAACGCGAGCAACAGGAGCGGGAGCGCCAGUCCCAAAACCCGAAUGAAGACGAGGAAGAUCAGCAAGACCGUAGGCAGCCUUACCAAACCUACGAGGAGUAUUUGAGGGCCAAUGAGGAAGCUGAAGCGGCAGCAGCAGCUGCUCAGGAAAGUGAGCCGGAGCCGGAGCCUGAGCCUGAACCUGAACGCGAGAAUGAUCCCAGCGCAUACGAAAGCUACGAUGAUUACAUACGAGCGCAGCAGGAGCGUCAGGAGGCAGAGGAGCGAGAACGGGCUGUACAAGAGGGCUGGGAGCACUCCCGCCCAGAAUAUCCAGGCUAUCGGCAGUUUGUCAGCAAUCAUCACAGCUCCCCGCAGCACGCCAAGCAGCUGCGCAGGCAACAGCGACCCAAUCUGUAGAGCAUUCAGCAUGGAAUCUUGCUUAGGAGUUCUUUAUUAAAUAUAAAAUAUAUAUCAUA